CUUCAUCAUAUUCUGCAUUGUGCUGCUCUCUUCCUUGAUAAUGACAACAGCUGCUCUUGUGAUGGCAUGCCUUAGAUGCAUUCCAGUUUGCCCAGAUGACUGGACUGAAUUCCAAGAUAAAUGCUAUUAUGCCUCAGAAAAUGGAAACACAUGGGAGGAAAGCAGAUAUAUGUGCAAAAGAAAAGGUGCUGAUCUCAUGGUAAUAGAUCAUGCAAUGGAACAGGCCUUUCUGAAAAGUAAAAUGAAAGACAAAGGAACCAUUUGGAUUGGCUUGCAUUACAUACAGGCUGAAAAUGCAUGGAGGUGGGUGGAUGGGAAAAAUCUCUCCUACAAAAACUGGCAAGGAGGAAGACCACAAAAGGAGCAUGAGGGAAAUGACGUAGAAUGUGUGGCUGCAGGUUAUGAACACAAGUGGACCAUCCAUCACUGCAGAAGUUACAUUCUUUCCAUUUGUGAAAAGAGCAGGCAUGUUGUCUGUGACCUGUGCUCCCCAUUUCAGCCACAAUUAAACUUUUCUGCAUCUUCAAGUAGAAUCAGUCAUAAUGAUUGUUACUGGGGAACAGUUAGAAAACAUGCCAGACAAACCUGACCAACUUCCACCUCAUCCACCAGUCUGCUUCCAGCUGAGUCCAUCUGGAAGUGAAGCAAAGGAAGAAGGAAAAAACUUGGUUAAAUCUGUCAAAUGUCAAAAAGGGAAUUAAUCAUGUUUCUCUUCCUCUCAUCCUGUGACCUGUUUUCCUCAGCAUCCCUCUGUCCAGAGUCCACAAGGGAUCAGUUUGAUCCCCUUGAGAAGCUCACCAGUAAGGCAGGAAAGUAAUAGCCUCCCUGUUACCUUCCUCCAGCAUUUGCACUC